CAUUUUCAUUCUUUUCCAUUUCCAGUUUUUUUUUCAAUAUCCGAAGGUUGCUCAAUUUUUCCGAAUGAUCGGACUUGGAAAAAUAGAAAGCGAGGGAUAGAGGCGGAAGUGAGAGAGAGAGAGAGGGAUUGAGAGAGGGGAGGGGGUUACGAAUCUGCGCAGAGGGAACUGACUGGCCUUUCACCUGCAGGAAAUCCUAUGAUUGAUGCCACAUGGCACUAUGUUGCUGCUACAUUAUAUGCACGCGCACACAUUGUAUGCACUGCCCGAUAACUAUGAUGCGAAUGCACACUGCGAUAACUCGAUAUGUAAACCGACAUACGCGCUGCAAUGCGUGAUGGGGUGCGCUAAACGUGUUUACGGCUCCGUUGAAGGACACUGCAUCCUUGUGCAGAAAAAUAUGAUUUAUCAAAGAAAGCACUCGUUUUAUCCACCAAUCAUUUUCUUAUUUCGUUUGUUUCUACUCCGCGUGAUUUUAUUUGAGUGAAAAUUUCUCAAAGACGAAUUCUUUGAAAACCAAAUAUCCACACUCCUGUUUUUCACAAUAGAAGAAUUUGUAUUAUAUUUUAAUGAAUAAAUUCCUCAAAUAUCGCUGCUCCGUUAACUUUAUGCUCACUGCGAUAAGCGUAAUGAGAAAUUUUUUAAUUAAGACGAGAGCUAUUUGUCCAGACGCAUAUAGCACGAUAAUUUCUAUCUUAAUAAAUGCCGCUUAUAAUCAACAAUGUUGGGCUUUAAUUGUUUUGUUGAAAUACGAUGCUGAAAGAUGAGCGAUUUAAUGAAUUGCUGCAUCUCUCAGCGUUCUUGAAUUGUCGCGAAUGAAAGCGAACGCGAAUUGCGAUUCCGCAAAACUUCUCGCGUUACAACCACUUUGUGUUUGACUGGCGACGCUUCAAUGUCCGACUAGUUUAAUGUUUCAAGUCCGGGUAUUUAUGUGAAAAAGUUAAAAACAAAGUUAUUUAUUUCCCAUUGUUAAUCUCCGCACGCUCAUAAUACAGUAGAGCCGACCGCGGCUCAUAUCCGGCUGACUAGCUUCGGUAUAUUUCCACUUCGACGUGGCCGAGCGGUGUUUCGACGCCGCGCGGCACGAAGGCGCGGACGCGCCGAAUUUUGGAGCGUCGUGGACGCCUCGCUUUCGCACACGACGGCAUCAUCGGCCUGCUGCAUCCGGAGCACGCCCACAGGCGCACACGUGACACGGGACGUACCCGCGCGACGACGCGGCUCGGCGCGGCGCGGCGCGACGCCGCACGUCGCCACUGCUGCAGAACAGCCGUAACGUAGAGAAAGUCAGUCCGACGUUGGCGCCGCAACAGACGUAUGUUGGUGGAGGACGCACCUCCUUGUAAAAGCUGCCCCCUCUCACCUACCUACCCCUUCCGAGUGAGGUACCACCCGUGACACCUAUUUGUCGAUUAAUCGCGCGGCGGAUCUAUACGACAGAAAGAGAGAGAGAGAAAGAGAGAGAGAGAAAAGAAAGAAGAAUCAGAGCGCGUACCGCGCUGAUUACACGCGAGGAGAGACUUGAUAAUAAAUAUUUGGGAAGAGGAAAAGGACGAUUGUUGACGCGCGCCCCAGAUACGUCUCAGUGCGGGAUCGAGAUUGAUCCCCGAUCGUGUCAACUCCGUGGGAGUGGAGCAUCCUCCGGGGAUUUAUCAGUGAUUGACGUAAGAUUGAAGGAUUUCGAGCGGGUCGUCUGGAGAGAGCGAGUCGGUGCACGCAGUGCCUUUUCUUUCGUUUUCGUUUCGCGCGGGCCGUCGUCUCGGUCGCGCCCCUUCCGGGUGGCUCCAUCAGUCCGCGAUCUUCGGUCCCGCGUAGACGCUCCGAAGUGGCUGAGUGAUCUCUUCUUCUCCCUGUCGCGGGUGCAUAUCGUCUUUCCCUUGAGCAGACAUCUCGGCCGCAGCAUGCUUUCGUCCCCGAGGGCUUUCCCGCCGAUUCUCGUAGUGGCGCUUGUCGUCUGCAUCGGUGUCGCGCACGGUAUUAGAUGUUACAAAUGCGGACAGUACAACGAGGGAGUCGGCAGCAUUACACCGUGUAUUAAUUACACCGCACACAUGGUGGUGGACUGUCCACCCUCGUCUGAAUGGUGCAUCAAAUACGUCAGCGAAGGAUCGACGGUGCGGGACUGCGUACCCGAUUGCACAGAAAAAGAGGCUUGGAGCACGAAAACGUAUUGCUGUCAGCAGGAUGGCUGCAAUUCCGGCCCGUCGUUGACAGCGUCGAACAGCGCGUAUUUCGUCCUGGCGAUCUCGCUGGCGGUCCUCAUGGUGUGCCGAAGCCUUCGUGGCUAAUACGUCGUCUUGCAGGACGGGGGAUCCGCGCCACGAGCGUCACACGAAGCCGCAUAGGUCCUUCAAUCACAAAAACUUGCACGGUUGGGGGAGGAAACGUAGCACCUUGUAUUUCAGACGUUUGCGCCGAACGAUCGAGGCUUCCUACGAGCGAGUGUCGCGGAAACGUCGAUAGUCGUCCCUUGCUCCUUCCGAUCCUUUCAACGAAAAGCUGAGUUAAAUCCUUAUCAUUUGUAACUAUUAAACACACUCUCGUACUAUUGAUGCUUCAAGUGUGCUUUCCACUUUCUGAUGUCGUCUGAGAGUUACUUCGACGGCUAAAAUUUAAUUGAAGUUUACAUGCCAGUCAGUAAAUGCACAUCGACGCAUAAUGACACUUGAAAAAAAUUUGUUGACUCGAUCGCUUGUUCAUUAGAAGUCGCAUUAAUAUGCAUUGUUCACCUGUUGCUUUUGUCAACCGUCAAAUUGAUAUCCGCCUUGUUAUUAGUAAACGCCGCGAUUUGUAAAUUUCCGUAAGUUGAUAUUUUGUAAUUUUAUUCAUCACUCGUUUACAUAGUCACUCGAGAAUGUUAUUUAAUUAUCCGUUCUUCAAAUGCCUCGGUGCUUGCCACAUAUUUUUUCAAUACUUCUUUUCUCCAGUGUGUUUUUCUUUUACGCCAAGUUAAAAUACUGAAAAGAUAAGUUCUAAGCGUCCUAUUUCUCAAGAAAUCAAUUUCGCACACAGUUUCACGAGUGUAAGAAUGGUCGGUAAUUUAUAAACAACGCGUAAAGGACGAGUAGUGCAAGAGAAAUCGUAAUUAUUUUCAAAUACAAUGCUCUCGAGUUAAUGAGAUGCUGUCUACAACCGAUUUGCACCGGCUUUCUAUUUCGCGCGAUGGUAUCCACGUCGCACAAUCACAGCCGUGUCAAUCCAGCGAGCCGAGAACAUACUUGCUGAAUUCGGUUGCGUUAAGCGACACGGAGGAAACGCCUCGUUAAAUCCGAUGCGUUGUCGCGCCGACUUUCCUCGUUCUAUUAAAUUCCGCAUACUGUCGCACAUCGGCUGUCUUCAAUAGAAAAGUUACGUCGAUCGAGUUUGAUUGAAAUUUCGUUUCGCGAGCUUUUUUACAGAUUAAAAUUUCACGACGGGACAGACGAUACUCGACGUUCGCACACGUCGCACCGAAUCGUUGCUAUCAAUAAUCCCUGGACAAUUUUUUUUAUUUUACUUUAGAUGCGAUAUCGAUUUUUUAAUUAAACUGGGACGCGUAUACAUUUGGCUUUAGAAAAAAAAUACUUUGUCCAGUUCUUCAGAAAUUCCGAAGAUAAAUUCCGCACGCAAUUCGUCGCGAAUAAAAUAGUUCGAACAAUAGCGGCGAUAUUUAACACUCGUGCAACACGCGAUCCGAGAACGGCAAAAAGCUCAAAAAUAGUCGCCACCAUCAUCACGUUUUGCGCUUAUCCGCUUUCAUGGUAGCUUUCGUGCGACUUUGCAGACGUGGGUUUGCGCAAGAUUUCCCUCACGCGAUGUGCGGUCUGUUUUUUACCGUUGUUCCACCAGAUUGUGAUUUUUCUGCGCCAGAAUACUUUAUCCGAUCUAUUCUCCGCGAAACAUCGAACUCUCGGAUUAAAGAUCAAUAAUUCCCCCAUUGAAUUGAUCUCUUUCAGAAUCUUGACUCCGAUAAGGAAAAAAAAUGGAGAAAAAAGUAGUUUUUUUUUAUUUUCACGAAGAAAUUUACUUUGCAUAAAAGUAUGAAAAAAUGUGGAUAAAAGGAGGCAUGGAAAACACGCGGCACUAUAUACGUUGUUCUCCACAUCGUACAUUUUUUCUCCGAGUUUUCGCCGGUUAGCCUUCUGUCGAGGAACGGCAUUCUGUCAGCCUUCAACGGCGGAUUGAAUUUAUUCAAAAAGUUUUGGCGUCCCAUUUUUCGUCGGGCGUUUUAUCGACGCUUCUUCCGCCGCUUCUUCCGUCCACUUCGGCAUCGUACAUGCGAAUUUAAUAACAUCGGGACGGCUAGCGGGUUGUCGCGCCGAAAAAGCGACGAUCGAAGGGGGCACGCGGGCCGAUAUAUCAAUAUUUUGGUUGAACGUCGCGCGAUGUAUUCGAGUGUUGUGAAUAUUUCAGCGCGUCACGCGAUUUUCAUCACAAGACACGUUUUCCUAAGUUACACCAUGCAAUGACGCUUCGCAAUUUUUCAUUAUUAACGCAUUAAAACUCAUGUGAUUUUUUUGACACACUUCUCGCGAAAUUGCAUUGACGUAAAUAUGAUGGCCCAUUUUUAAAAAUUUAAUACGCUUGAAACGUCUUCAUCUAAAUAAAAAAUGAUCUUAUAGACGGAAAAAAUGUCAUGAAUAUUAAACAACCUUUAAAAUGUGAUGUUCACAAUUCGGUUAACUCUUGAUACAUUUUUUAGAAUAUUUAAAAUUUUUAAAGAACAAAUGUAAAAAAGACGUGCAAGAAAAGCCGAGACAACUAAAAUUCUUGGUGCGUUUUAAUGGAUUAUUGAUGUCCAAAGGCGUCAAGAUGCCAAUAUUGUUCGCAAACAUUGCUUUUUCAUAGGCAUCUUUUUAAAACAGUUAAUCCUUGAUGAUCCUUUUUCACGCUGCGGCGGUGUUAUCGAUUGUAUCGUGUAUCUAUAUAAAGCUCCGCUUUUUCUAUUAUAAAGGGAAAAUUCUAUGAUGAUAGAAAGAGUUUGACCUUCCAUGACCCAUUUUUUUUGCAUUACCCUUGCAAAGCCGAUUAUAGUUCAAAAGAUAAGCUUUGUUAUAUCAGAAAGAGAAAGCACGCAAUAAGGUAGAAAAGAAAUUUUUGUCUUAUAUCCGUCAAAUUUUAUCAAUUUAUGUACAUAGAAGAAUAUUUCUCGAACGUACAAGAAAAAGGCAUUGAAAAAAUAUUAAAAAUAAAUUAUUAACAAUCUAAAGUGCUGGAUGUAUUAUUUACGGCAAAACAAGCAUUAAAUUCCAACUUGAGAUUUCCGAUAUAUAUUUCCUUAAGUCCUUUCCCUUGUACCAAAUCCCUUGUGUGUGUGUGUGUGUGUAUUCAACCAUUUUCUUGAAAACAGAAUAUACAAUAGAUUGGAAGAAUAAUACAGUUGAAUAAAAUAUCCCAAUAAAAAUUUGAUCACGAGUCAAUUUGAUGACAAUACGGUAUCCUGACAUAUCCUGUUUCUUUGGGACGACUUGAGAUGGUUCGGCCGCUCAUCGAUUCGCGACGAAUGAGAGCAUCGACGGCUUAAGCGGAAGAAAACUACAGCGACGUUCUCCGCGCGAAAAAGCCAGUAUCGAUACAUUUGGACCACAAUCGUUGUCAACGACACGCGUUACCAAAGCCCGUAACACUAAGGCAGCCGGCAUCGGAAUCGGCGGCAGCAACAACGCGAACGAAAAUGUUGCUUUUGUCGCUCGACACCUCCUAGCCGUAAGAUGCACACAAAGAGAAAUGAGGAGGAGAAGAAAAGAAGAGGAGUAAAUAAAAUAAAUAAAACGUGGAUAACCUACAUACAGAUAACGUUUAACAGAGGAACAGUGAGGCUAACACAAUAAUGAUGUUAUUAUUAAUACUAUUACUACUAUUACUAUUACUACUAUUGCUACUAAUUACCAUUAUUAUUAUAAACUACUGUGCAUCUCACACGAGUAUACAUAUAGUAGUUAUCGAUCGAUUAGACAAAUGCGAGCAAGUGAAGUUGUCGAUUAUUAUGUAACCGCUUUAAGUAGCCUUAUAAAUUGUAAUUAAAGCGCGGAUAAUCUACGUCUAUACCGGGUGGCGCGAAAGGACACCAGGUGUCUUCGUUAUAUCUUGAUUUUGGCGAAAACCUUUCAUUUCCUUCGUUAAAGAUCUCUCGAUUCAUUUUCAAAUAGAAUUUUGGAUAGUAUCUAAUAGUGCGGAAAUUAAAUCAAUUUAUCGGAAAUCUGAAAAUUCGCAGAAUGUAGAGAUCUACAAUGGAUGAUUUCUAAAUUUUUCUACUUUUUUUCAUUGAAAUUAAUGCGACAAAUAUUUUAAUCGUUAACGAUAUCUGAAAUGUUAUGUCGACAUCGUCCAAUUCCUCUCGCGUUACUCGGUACACACAUCAGCGUAUUGGAUCACGAGCAGGUAGACAAGAAACUAAAAAAAAUUCCUAAAAAGUAGCGAUAUUCAUCUUAGUGGGUAAGCAACGCGGGCGAUCACGAGUAGCGAAUAAUCUGUUGACUGUUCGCAGGAGGAAGCGUUUAGCGACAGCACCCCGGCAACGCGAAUGUCCGAGAGACGUCGUAAAGACGUCCGGAGCAGAGAUAGGCGGAAACAAUUAUCCGACUAACAAGCGUCUCGCGAUUGUAAAACGAGUAACGAGAAACGAAUAAUCAUUGUUCGUCGCGCAAACGAAUAUUAAAUAUUUUUAUUCGCACAUAUAAUGAAUAAUGAAUAAUCUUACUCGCUAUUCGAUCGAGCACCUCCGUAUAUUCGGAAUACGGCCGACUCUCAGCUCCCGUCUUUCAGAGACGCGUUUCCGGACUCUCGCGUCGCUCGGGGACGAACUAACUAUCUGUUCUCGCAUUUUAGGGUCAGACGAUUUAUCUAAAGUUAGCGUGAAUUUAGGAUAAUUUGUUAAAGCUAAUCUAUUUCCCGUCUCGGAUGUCGGCCGAUCUAAAACGUCGAUUGUUAUUGUUGGAGGGUGUGCUUCGAGGUAAUCGUCGGCGACUGCAGCUCGGAAUUAAUCGUUGACGGAGCACCGGCUCGCAUCGACUUAGUAUAAUUAGCGCAGGAUCGAUAAUCACCUCCCUUUCCCCCCUAUGACGAUUAAUACUCCGAUCGCAAAAUCGCGCGAACCACGCGCGAUUAUAUAUAUAUAUAAACGCCUCCGCGGGGAUUAAAUUAAGAACGCGUCGCUGGAUUUCAUCAGGAAAUGCUUCAAGUCGUUCGAUUCAAUUCAUUAGCUGCUGAUCGGGGAUCUAUUUGUCGAUUCGGGUUAACGUCGAUACAUCUUGCUUAAGCCUCGUCUCUAUAUACUUUUGUAAACUAAAGCACAACAGUGUCAAGAUCGAUUACUAUCACCGGCGGUUUGCUAUCACCCGCGGAUUACCUUUCAACGAUCGCUCCUGUGACGUUCUUAAAGCUCCGAAAUAUUUUAUUAUAUUAUUAUAUAUUAUAUAUAUUAUAUAUUAUAUAUAAUUAUUAUAUGUUAUAUAUUAUUAUUAUAUUUUUGCUUGUUGAAAUUCUUUACAACAAUCAAUAUAUUAUCUUGUUACAAUUGUACGCAAAUUUAAUCUGCACGAAAACUGAUUCGUUAAUUAUCAUUUAUAAUUAAUUGAAAACUCUCGAAACGAGAGCCCGUUUCACGGAGGAAAUAUUUUGACAGAUAAAAAUAAAUUCUUGAAAAAAUGUCAGAAUAUUUUUUGUUCCUGAAACCGAUUCAGGAAUUUUAGAGAAUACCUCGAAUCAUCUCGCUCCAAAAAAAAAACUCU